UGCUGGGGGAAAUCGAGCUCGCGGACUUUUGAGUGACGUGAUGAGCCCAGAGCGCGCUUUGAGGCGCGUGACUCGUUUCUGCUCGCUUAUCGCUUAUCACCGGGCGACAAAGAACAAAGAACGGCGGCUCCGAAGCGUCCACCUGCUCCGUGUACACGUGAAACAGCGCUCGCGUGUCGCCGCGGGUUGAAGUAAGUGCCGAGGACCCAGAGACAGAGACAGUCCGCCUCUAGAAGUAUGGCUAGGAGGAAGCAGCGAGCACCCAGGCGCGUUCCAGUUUAUGAUUCAGAGGACGUCGAAGAACCUGCCAGGCAAAACGAGGACUUCAAAAAAGACUCAACAGCCGCAGAUAAACCUCUGGGUAACAACGACUUCAGGAAGGAAUAUGUCUUCCAAAAAUCAAAGGAUGAACACUGCUCCACUACUGCUGAGUUUUCCGAGACUGACAGUGAAUUACACAUUAAUGAGUCAAAUGAACCUAUGUCAGAUGUUGAAAGCAGCUCAAUUAAUAUUAAAGACAAACCAAUGAAAGUCUGUCUUAAUGAGGGAUCUGAGAAAUCAGUGUGUGGUUCAGAUAGUCUGGAACAGAUAAAAGCCAUUUAUAAUGGUUUUCUCUCUAACUCCUUUUGGUCUUCACCGGGUCUUAAUCCUUCUCAGUCAUGUACAGAGAAAAGAUCUGAGGCGAGCAGUGGCAGCAGCAGCAGCAACAGCAGCAGUCCUGGGGGUAAUUGCUAUGACUGGCACCAGUCUGCAGUUGCAAAGACCUUGCAGCAGGUUUCUGAAAAACAGCUUCACCCACAAAGUGAAACAAAUCUUUUUAGCACAGUUCAGCUUUACCGACAAAGUGCAAGGAUGUAUAGGUCCAUCUUUAGUGGUGCAAGCAAGUUUCAUUGCAAAAGCUGUAGCGCAUCUUAUGACACGCUGGUUGAUCUUACAGUUCACAUGAACGAUACAGGACAUUACCGAGAUGACAACCAUGAAAAGGCUGACAAAGGUGCCAAGAGCUGGUCCAAGCCACGUAAACGCUCUUUAAUGGAACUGGAGGGUAAGGAGGAUGCCCAGAAGGUACUAAGGUGCAUGUAUUGUGGUCACUCUUUUGAAUCUUUGCAAGACCUCAGUGUUCACAUGAUCAAGACAAAACACUACCAAAAAGUGCCUCUGAAGGAACCUGGAACAUCAAUUGCUGCCGCUAAAGUAAUCCCAUCGUUCAGAAAGAGAGUACCAGUGGAUUUGGAUAUAACUAAACUAAGUGCCACAGAUCAGAAAGCGUCUUCUAGUGGGAGUCCGGUAAAUGUUAAUCUUUCAAAGGGUUCUAAUAUUAACAAGAAACAGAGUCUCACGGAUGAUGAUUGUAUAAGCAACAAUGCACAGAUUAAGUCACAGAUUUUGAGGUGUAUGGAGUGUGGACAAUCAUUUGAAUGUUUGCAGCAGUUAAGUGGUCACAUUAUGCUAACAGGGCAUUUCGUUAAAGCCAGGCAGUAUCUACAAAAAAUGGACAAAUCCAUUUCUGAACAAACAUCCUUGCCUGAGAAAAUUAUGAUGAAAAAUGAGAAGACCCCAACACAGAAAGUCUCCUCCACAUUUUCACAAAAUGGGACCACUGAAUUGCCACAUACCACUACUCCUCUGAAAAAGACCGAAAUGGAAAGACAGAUUUUUCCAAAACAAAUGCAUUGUAAAGAACCAGGAAAUGACAACGCAGCAGAGGAGAGAUACAGUGUUUCUUCAAAGUUUGAUUAUCUUACUGAGGAGGACUUGAAGGAGAGUCCAAAAAUGAACCUGGAUAUCCUCAAGUCCCUGGAAAGCACUGUUACUUCUGCCAUUAACAAAGCACAGAAGGGCACUCCCAGCUGGGGAGGUUACCAGAGCAUCCAUGCAGCUUAUCAGUUGCAAAAUAACAUAAAGCCUUCUGUCUACAACUCCUCCAUACAGCAACUGGUGCAUAGUUUGGAAGUUCCAUGCUCAGACAAAACUGAAGUUUCCUCUAGUUGUCAACACAGAGCUACUUCACCCAAGGUAAACCUGCAUGCGAUGGAGGAGUUGGUAAAGAAAGUAACACAGAAUGUUGCUGAGGAAACCAGAAAGGACAAAUAUGAACAGGUUUCCUUAGCAAAGCAGUUUACAACCUCCUUCUCUAUAAGCGCAGACAGGAAAUCAGCAUCCAGUUCUCCUACAGUAGAGGGACAUGAAACACUAAAGAACAAAGAUAACAAGAUUACUGCCUCUGAGAAUAAUGCGAGUCGGAGGGAUUCAAAAAAAUGUAACGAAAGCUUCUUAAGCUCUGUCGACAACGCAGUAAUAACUGUUCAUCCAGAGACAAAACAACCAUUUGUUAGUCCUUUAAAUGCCCUUCAGUCAGUCAUGAAUCUUCAUUUAGGUAAAGCAGCCAAUCCUGUGGAUUCAGUUCAGGAUCCUAUGAGUAUGCUUCUGAAGAUGAGCAACAGCAUGACAGAGGAGGCUUCAGUGGCUUCGGCUCCAACAUCAACCUCCAAAGCAGAAUCAUUACAUCCAGAUGUAUACCAAAUUGACAAAGACCAACCAAUAGAUUUAUCAAAAGGCAAAAGGAACCACUGUUUAGUUACCGCUUCUCUCCCAGGGAAAGUGUUAAGCUCUCUUCCUGCUAUGACUAAGACUGAUUUAACUGAUACAAUAAGGUGCACUUCAGCCAGCCCAGUGCAUGAGAGUGCGCUCUCAGACAUAUCAGACAUGUUGCGCAAUUUAUCAGACACUCAUAUCUUAAAGUCGCAGACUCCUUCCCAUAAAGCAGAGAGAUCAGCUAUUGAAGAUUCUCACACACCAAAUGCAGGAGACGAUGCAUCAAAUGCGGUGCACAAACGCAAGGGUAGGCAUUCACACUGGAAUCCUCAACACUUGCUAAUUCUGCAAGCCCAGUUUACAUCUUGCCUCAAGAAGACAGCUGAUGGGAAGUACGUUGUCUCAGACCUGACUCCUCAAGAAAGGACGGUUAUCUCACAUGUUACUGGUCUUUCCAUGACAACUAUCAGCCACUGGCUAGCCAAUGUGAAAUACCAGCUGAGGCGUACAGGCAGGACCAAAUUUCUGAAAAACGUUGACUCCGGUCACCCUGUAUUCUUCUGUAGUGAAUGUGCCACACAAAUCCAAACACGUUCAACAUACAUCUGUCACCUUGAGUCACAUCUUGGUUUUAAGUUACAGGACAUGGCUAAAUUCUCUUGUAAAAAUCCCAACAAGACAAGUGCAAAGCAUUCAAAGAACAUUUUGGAAAAAACUGUCCUGUCAUUCCUCUGAUUUUUGGAUCGGGCCAAAGCAGCUGUACAAAGUUUAAUGUCGUGAUAUUAGUCUUAAAUUGUCCAGAUCAACAGCUCAUGUUGCAUUUCAUGCAUUUUAUCUAAGAACAGGAAUGUUUAUAAAAAGAAACAUGUAAUAUUAUCUGUUUAUUGUUGUACAGGAUGUGAAUUGUAUGUUGAUAAAAAUGCAAAAGAGUUUAUUAUCACACUAUAUAUAUGUAACAUAAAUAAAAUUAAUCUGGUAGGAGUUAUACCUCACAGGAUUUGUUUAUGAUUAUCAAACCGUUCUAACAGAUUAUGUAGAAAAUAGAUAUAUACAUGUUUCUUUCCAGUUCUUCUAAAUAAUCAGUAGUUUUCCUGACAUUCAUGUAGGUGACAAUUUGUAAAUUUUUACAAGGCUACGCUAACAGUUUUCAUGAAUGCAAUUAAUCACGUUAAUUAUUUAUUUAUUUUCAUUUUUCCUGUUGUCUAAAUCUAAUCAUGUUUGUUUCUACAUAUAAAU